CGGCGCUGGGGUGGCCGCCACGUCGGCCUCUGACUCCAACCAGGUCCUGACAAAGUCUGGGACGGUGAGCCGGAGGAGCGCGUCAAGGCCGGGCGUCCGAGGCAGAUGGCUGCACCCGAGCCCGCGGACAGCGAUGCGCUAUAAUCAACCAUGGCUGUGACUAUAAUUACAUGAUGAAUCUUGUCAUCUUCCUAUUGAAUCACUGAGCCAUACAAGACUAAUGUAUUAAAAGCUGGUGAGUCUGUAAACACUCGAGAUAGUGAAACUGGAUAAGAAAUUAAAGAUAGGCUCUGCUUGCUAUCACUGUAAGGAAUCAGGAUCCUUGGGAGAUGGGUGAACAGUCAAUGAGAGGUAAGAACUGGAGUUUGCUGAUAGAGAUCAGGGUUUCAGUGAUGGCCACAGUAAAAGAGUUCUGUUGGUAUUAGUGAUUGGAGAUUAAUCAGAGUAGACAUUUCAGGACUUCUUGGAGGUCGAGAUCAGUGUAUAUUGUGGAACCCCAUGAUAGAGGAAUCCACUGGGCAAGUGCCUGGGAGGAUCUGCUGAUGUUUGGUAAUAGAGUUGUUGGCAUCAGUCAUUCUAGAAUUAAUUAAGUGGUUAGGAGGGUUGUACUGUGUUGGAGAUUGUGAGGGCAGUGGCACUUAGUGUCGGGGGUUAUUAAGAGUGCAGACAGGAAGCCUGUGAGGUCGAGAUUAGUGACAUAUCAGUAUUGCUAGUCUGUGAGGGUGAGGGAUUAUCUUUAAAUGUACAUAGUAAUCAAUAGUGGAUAGUUGAGGCAAAACCAAAUUCUGUUGUUCAGAUCACUCCUGAACGUGGAGAAUUAACGAAUUACAGGCUGAAUAGGAGUGUGGGAGAAACCAGUAACAUCAAAGGUGUGUUUAUGGCUUUUACUCAGAAAGAAUGGAAGCAGCUGGAACCUGCGCAGAGGAACUUAUCAAUGGGUAAGAACAAUUCCCCAUCACUUGGAAUGUGUUCACUGCAAUUCCUUCUGCCUCAAGUUUCAAUGGGUAAGAGCAAUUCCCCAUCACUUGGAUUUUGUUCACUGUGAUCCCUUCUGCCUCAAGUCUUCGAUGGAAAAUCAAGAUCCCAAACAAGGCAUGAUCUCUAAGUUGGAAGAAGAAGAAGAGUCAUCACUGGGAGAGGCGAAAACAACCAGCUCACAUAGUGUGAGCAAAGUAGCAUGGCCCAAGAAAUCAGGAGCCAAUGAAAAAGUCCAACAAGCUGAUGAUCACAUAGAGGAAAAGCAGAAAUCUCGAGGCAAGCUCAUUGAGGAAGCUACACUCAAGAAGAAAAAUUCAACUAGUAAGAAAAGCAGUGCAUGUGCUUUGUUGGAGAAAAAAAAAGUCAGUACAAAACAUGCUCCUUCAAAAAAAAAGCUUCCAAAAUCCGAUUCACAUGGAAAGAGCUUAAAGCAGAAUUUAGAUUUACCUGAUCAGAUUAAAAACACCACAAAAAAGAAAUCGGAUACAGCUAAAGAACACACGAAAUCAUUCAGCCACACCAUAGCUGAAACAGCAAAAGAUAAAAUUCCAGCCAGAGAGAAAUGUGAGAAAAUCCUCAACAAAAAGUUGCCUGGUAAAGGUGACAGAAAUCACACUGGCAAGAGAUGUGAGAAAGUGUACCAUCGUAGCUCAUCUCACAGUAAAGAAGACAAGAUCCAGGCUGGAGAGAGACAGAAAUCAUCUAGCCGUAGUUCACCUACCAAGUCUGAGAAAGCUCCAGCUUCUGGGAAGCCUUAUAAAUGCAAUCACUGUGGGAAGGUCCUCAGCCAUAAACAAGGACUCAUUGACCAUCAAAGAACUCACACCGGGGAGAAACCAUAUGAAUGUAAUGAGUGUGGGAUAGCUUUUAGCCAGAAGUCCCACCUGGUUGUACAUCAGAGAACUCACACUGGAGAAAAACCAUAUGAAUGUGUUCAGUGUGGCAAAGCUCAUGGUCAUAAACAUGCCCUCACUGACCAUCUAAGAGUUCAUACUGGAGAAAAGCCCUACGAAUGUAAUCAAUGCGGAAAAACCUUUAGACACAGCUCCAACCUUAUGCAGCAUGUAAGAUCGCACACAGGUGAGAAGCCUUAUGAGUGUAAGGAAUGUGGCAAAUCCUUUAGAUAUAAUUCAUCUCUUACUGAACAUGUGAGAACACACACAGGUGAAAUACCAUAUGAAUGCAAUGAAUGUGGCAAAGCUUUUAAGUAUAGUUCAUCCCUGACUAAACACAUGCGAAUCCAUACUGGCGAGAGACCAUUUGAAUGUAAUGAGUGUGGGAAAACUUUUAGCAAAAAGUCCCACCUGGUUAUACAUCAAAGAACUCAUACAAAGGAGAAACCUUAUAAAUGUGACGAGUGUGGGAAAGCCUUUGGACAUAGUUCAUCCCUUACUUACCAUCUGCGAACUCAUACAGGCGAUUGCCCCUUUGAAUGUAAUCAGUGUGGUAAAGCCUUUAAGCAAAUUGAAGGCCUUACUCAACACCAGAGAGUUCAUACUGGUGAGAAACCCUAUGAAUGUCCCGAGUGCGGGAAAGCCUUUAGUCAAAAGUCACACCUCAUCGUGCACCAGAGAACUCACACAGGGGAGAAGCCCUUUGAAUGCUAUGAGUGUGGGAAAGCCUUCAGUGCAAAGUCCCAGCUUGUUAUACAUCAGCGAUCCCACACGGGAGAGAAACCCUAUGAAUGUGAUGAGUGUGGGAAAGCCUUUAAACAGAAUGCUUCUCUUACCAGACAUAUGAAAAGCCACUCAGAAGAGCAAUCUAAUGAGGAAAAUUAAUGUAGGAAAUCUGACGACUGACUGGUUUGGUCUCGUUCAAUGUUAAAAGAUGGUCUCAACUUGAUGUAGGUUAGAAAAUCUUUUUUAAGGACAUUAUUCCUU